UCACAACGUGUUUUUGAUUAAUUUAUAUAUCAACUAUCUGAAAUUCAAUAUCAUUAAACUAGCCAAUGAUUCUGUAGGAUAUAGAAAAGGACUUACCUUCAGUCUCCUCUCUGGAUCUGAUCCAUUGUAUUGUCUUUGUAUCUUGCAUUCUUCAUAGCUUUCCAUUUUUGGCUUCACUGAAUUGUUUGGAAGGAAGAAACAAAAACAGUAAUGGUGUUUUUCAGUUUUAGUGAGAUCAAGAAGAAGGAGACUUUGAUUGGACUUGUGUUGGGACAGAUCCUCUCCCUUCUCUCUACUUCAAUUGGCUUUACAACCUCUGAGCUCGUCAGAAAAGGUAUCAAUGCUCCAACAUCACAGUCGUUCCUAGGUUAUGUGUUACUGGCAAUUGUAUAUGGAAGUAUAAUGCUGUAUCGAAGAUCUGUAAUUAAGGCCAAAUGGUAUUACUAUUUCCUCCUUGCUCUAGUUGAUGUCGAAGGCAACUUUCUUGUGGUAAAGGCAUUUCAGUACACAUCAAUGACAAGUGUCAUGUUACUGGACUGCUGGGCCAUCCCGUGUGUUUUGGUGUUGACUUGGGUUUUUCUAAAGACAAGAUACAGUUUGAUGAAGAUCAGUGGUGUGGCUGUAUGUAUUAUUGGUGUUGUCAUGGUUGUUUUCUCAGACGUACAUGCAGGGGAUCGGGCUGGAGGGAGAAAUCCUGUAAAAGGAGACUUUCUUGUUAUAGCUGCAUCAACCUUGUAUGCUUUCAGUAAUACCAGUGAGGAGUUCCUUGUGAAGAAAGCAGACAGAGUUGAACUCAUGUCCUUUGUGGGCCUUUUCGGCGCAAUCAUUGGUGCAAUUCAGAUAAGCAUAUUUGAACGUGAUGCACUCAAUGCUAUUCACUGGUCAACUGAGGCUGUUUUGCCUUACAUUGGUAUUGCAAUUGGUUUGUUUCUAUUCUACUCUAUUCUCACAGUCUUACUCAAGACCAAUGGUACAGCAAUGUUCACCCUCUCGUUACUCACAUCAGACAUGUGGGCGGUUCUGAUCCGCAUUUUCGCUUACCAUGAGAAGGUUGAUUGGCUCUAUUACUUGGCAUUUGCUACUACAGCUAUUGGACUGAUCAUAUACUCAAUGAAGGAGAACGAUCAGGAGAGUAAAAGAGGUGGAGAAGUGCUAGAUGUUCAGAGAAAGCCGUUCGAUGAGGAAGGUGGUGAUUCACUUCGAGCCAGCCUUGUAGGUGCUUCCACCUGAACACAAAACUUGAGGUUUCAUGUUGUCCAUGUGAGAGACUAGAUUUUUGCUUCCAGCAAGAAGAAAUGAACUUACGAGUGAAGAGAAGUUUGUAAUCGAUAACAAUUGGUAAAACUAUAAAGAGGGGAAAAAUGUUUUACAGAAAUUACUUCAACGGUAAAUGUAUCAACUUCUGUUUAUUCUUUGGUUUA